GCCAAACGGUCCGGCGUGAGGCGGAGGGAGGAGCAAAUUUCUAAGUCUGACGAUUGGAGGCCGUUCUUCUCACGACGGGGGUAUGUGGCGGAGCACCGUAUUUCCGGAAAAUGAAAAUUCUGAUCAGAGUAUAUCAGAGGAUGAUGAUUUGAAUGAAGAUUCGCCAGAAGAUCAUGUAUCAUUGGGCGUUCCAGCUGCAAAAAAGGGUGAAGUACAAAUUCUUUCUCAACUUGAUAUGCUCAAAGGUGCAGAUGUUGAUGAAGUCAUGCAUCAAAGAGAUCAAACUAGUUUACUUCAAAAGAGGCAAGCAGAUAUCGGUGUUGAAGAUGAUGUCGAAUUCCCAUUUUUUGCCAACAAGUGUGAAUUCACCUACACCCCACAAAACGCUUCUGCGUGCAACUCAGAUGAAGAAAUUCUCUCUGAUAAUGAGGUGAGAGGAAACUGCAUGCAAUCAAGUAAAGGGUUUACUUCUGAGGCUGAUAACUAUCAGAAAAUAGGACCUUCUAGUUUCGGAGUAAUUAGAAAAGAUGGAGUUUGCACUUGGCUUGCAGCAGAUGCAAUAGGUAAUGUGAACAAUAAUGUUGAUUCUACUUCGUAUCGUCCUGUGUCUGCCAGAGCCAAGAGGUUAUGUAAAGGUGGUGAAGGCAAAGCCAAACGCAAGUUUUCUUUUCGGACACAUUCACAUAAUGACCUCCUCUUGAAAGAGGGAAAAGAGAUGGAUGAGUUGAAGAAUAAGUCAGCUGAAAAGCCAGUCUCACACACUCAUACAACGACUUCAAUGGCUGAGCUCCUCAUCCGCAUUCAGGAUGAACAUGAUCUGCCAGAAGGAAGUACUAUGAAGUACAGUAAAACAAAAGGCACUUCCGAACAACUUUCCGUCAAGAGAAGUAUAUUGUCAAUGCAUCAUGGAGACAUAGAUGAUGAUCCCGACUGUUUGGGCAGUGAUUCAUCAGACGAAGACAAGUUCCCGGUAAACCAUCAAAUUCAAGAGCCCGCCAUGCCGGAUUCCAGACAGAAGACUAUAGCUGAUCAAUUUCAGGAAGCUUUAGGUGCUGCUGCUACAAAUGAAGAAGGGAACAUAAAUGCGGUUCCUAGACAAACAAGUUUUGGUUUAUUUGGAAAGUUGCAGCGCAUAAUCCAAAGCGAGAAGGAAAGAGAUUCAUACUUUUUGAACCAGUUACAAAAAGAAGAUGAAGCGAGUUGUCUUGACGUGAAGAUACUGUCGAAGUCACUGGAAGGAAAACUGACUGUUUGUUCAUGUUCUUCCAUUGAAAAUGGCAAGAGUUUAAAGAGGAACUUGAUGAUCAUCUUUAGCUCAAAAUUAUGUAGCGAUGUUGAGCUUGAUGUUGGGACCCGGGUUCAUGUUUACCCUCCCUGGAAAGAAGUAAAUGUAAUGGGGAAGGAAGAAAGCAUCAUUUUAUGUACAUAUUUUUCCCAGGUCUGAGCCAUGGUGCAUACACAGAGCAAGUAGUCCCAUUUUUUAAUGUUUACUUGGUGCUAACCACUGCUGAUUCGGUUAGCACGGCUGACUCGGUCAGCAUCAGCAUGUAUACCUAGGGACUGACCUCACUCGAGGUGCUGAUCGAGCACCUACAUGGCCUGCAUUACUAAUUCACUUACCAGGCCACAUUAUUAUUUUCUGGCCUAGCUCGGGUAAUUUUUUAUCAGUAAAGACUUGCUACAAAACAUUGGUAAACAACCAUUUUCAGUCGGUGUUUGCCAAGGCCGAACCUCUUAUCCGGUUAGCGUUUGCCCAAUGUUGGUAAAACACUUGCCCAUUGCCAUGGUCGGAGUCCGAAUCAAGGUUAGAUUUGAGCCCAACGGUGCCCCACUGCUUUAUGGUUCAGUUAUAGUGGAAAAAGUAGGUGUCCUUGUACCGUUUUGUUGUCUGUCCGCUGUAUUUCUUAAAAGUAGUCUUACGACAGAAGUUAUGUGAGUUCGAAUCCCGUUUUUAACAAAUUUCCUACUUUUCAGCUA